UCUACUCUAGGAUAUAUAAGCAGUUCAUGGAAUAUAAGCGCAGGGCUAAGACACCCUUCCAUGCAGCCUACACACUACUCCACGAUGCCAUUGUGAAAAAAGGUUUUCUACUCCCCUCUGGGGAAGUCAGCUUACCUUUUAAAUGGGACGAAAGCUCAGACAUUGUUUCAUUGAAAUAUUCAAAAAACGAGAAGAGCAUCGAGGUAAAAUGCUUGCUAAUGAACAAUUCAAUGGUUGUGAACAUCAUUUAUAAUAACGACCUCAAGACAUUAGAUUUCCCUAUCUCAGACUAUGUUGAAAACUUUGAUGAAGCUCAGAAUACUUAUGAAACCAGAAGUCUUGGUAACUUUGAGCGAAAAGUUUGUGAGGAUAUCUUGGAGCCAUUAUUUCCAGAACUGAAACCAACUGGUUCCACAACUUCUACCGCUACAGAGAGGCCAAGAACUGAACCUCAACCCCAACCUCAAGUUCCUGAUCCUCUCCGAGACGAACGAUUUCAUCCCCGAGCUCCCAGAAUAGUUGACCCAUUUGCUGUUGGAGGAGCAGAUUUAGAUCCGUUUGGAAACCGUGGUGGUGGAGGUAUGAUAAUGGAUCCUAUGAGAGGUCGUCUUCCCAUGAUGGGGAGAGGUUGGGGAGGGGUGCCUCCUGGAGCUAGAUACGAUCCCAUCGGGCCUGGGGGUAGGGGGCCUGAUAAUGACGAUCUUUUACCUCCUGGUAGGAGAAAUAUGUUCGAUCAUGAUGAUAUGUUCAUGUGACACUUGCUACUUGAUACAGUGACCUUACUAUAAAUUUAAUUUAUCUCAGAUCAGGUCUCUGGAUAAGGGCCAAUCAAUUGAUUUGAAUUGGGAAUGGCAUUAUGACAAUUACAGAUAAAUCACGAUCAAGAAUUCAUUGUUACAUUCUCGAAUAAAGAUAAUAUUGGUGAAAAAAUACGAUUUAUUUGACUUUGUCCAAAAUAUUUAUAAUAAUGAAUUAUCAUUCAACUUUUAACAUCCUGCUGGUUUUAUCUAUCUUACAGUUCAUAAAAGUAUCCAAAUAAGCUAGGCUAUAAUAGCUGUAAAAGGGCCUAGUUUUAUUGCCUAUUGUAUUCCUUUAAAGUUCAAUAUAAGUAUCGAUGGAUCUUGAAAAAUUUAAACGACAAAUUUGAUGUUUU